AUGCGCCUGCAGCGGGCCUCUUCCGCUCCACUCAAGCACGUGGUUGCCCUAUACCGCAAUCAUUGGCUCUGCCGACAUCGGGAUGAGAUGGCAGCAGCGCAACAUGACAACAGCACGACACCGCUAAGCGCGACUAGAUACACCAGUACUCUCCGCCAGGUGGAGAGCGAUGAUGUAGACAGUUGGCGUCAUCGCGGGCAGCUAGUCUCGGCGCGAGGCGAGAGACUAGAGGACCGCUGGGCCAGGGGUGGCCCAGCGGCAAAAAGCCGUGCGUCAAGUUGCCCGGGCCUUAUGCAGGUCGUGACAAGAGUCGAAAGCGAAGGUUUGUGGGGCGUGGCGAGCGAAAGAGGCCUACUGCGGGUGGGCGUAUGUGCCGCUGGGCCAGGUGGGAUGAAGAUGCAAAUGCGAAAUGCAGAAUGCGAGGAGGAGAAUAUGUGA